AUGUCCAACCUGUCAAAUGACAAGCAGCAGCAUACUGGCCUAGAUACAAGAAAUAGGAAAGCACCAGGCGCCCUAAAUGAGAAUCGAUUCAAAAUCUAUGAAAUCACAAGACUGGAUGAUGUGAAAGGUCAAUUAGUCCUUAACCUCUCAUUUCUUCUGUGUGCAGGUGACGUGCCGUACCUUAUGCCAGACAAGGCAUUUGAAGGCAGCAAACUGGGGGUUGACAACAUUGUCUUGGCAUUAUACAGCGGCCUCUUCGCUUUUGGAGGCUGGAACUACCUGAAUUACGUAACCGAGGAGAUGAUCAAUCCAGAGAGGAACCUGCCUUUGUCUAUCAUCAUCUCCAUGCCCAUAGUGACUGUGGUGUAUGUUCUGACAAACCUGGCCUACUUCACCACCAUCUCUCCUGAAGUUAUGGUCGAGUCUGAGGCUGUUGCCGUGAGUUUCGGGGAGUACCAUCUGGGUGUGAUGUCCUGGCUGAUUCCUGUCUUUGUGGGACUGUCCUGCUUUGGCGCCGUCAACGGAUCUCUCUUCACCUCAGCACGCUUGUUCUAUGCUGGAGCUCGAGAGGGUCAACUCCCCGCAGCUCUGGGGCUGGUUCACACAGACCUUUUCACUCCAGUGCCGUCCCUCAUCUUCACAUGUUUGCUGUCCAUGAUGUACGCCAUCUCCCAGGACAUCUUCUCUGUCAUCAACCUCUUCAGCUUCUUCACCUGGCUUUGUGUUGGUAUGGCCAUCGGAGGUUUGAUCUGGCUGCGCUUUACCAAACCCAACCUCAGGAGGCCCAUUAAGGUGUAUCUGUUCAUCCCUGUGACUUUUGUUUUGGGCUGUGUCUUCAUGAUCGUCGUGUCGUUCUGGGCGGCUCCCUUCGAGUGCCUGGUCGGCAGCAGCAUCAUUCUCACAGGUAUCCCAGCGUACCUACUGGGCUACAAGUGGAAGAAACCCCAUGUGGUCAGGAAGAUGCUGGAAAUCUUCACCAUGUUCUGUCAGAAGAUCUUCAUGUCUGUUCCUGAAGAGAGGGAGAAACACGAGGCGGUGGAGUGAUGCUGCACACUCUCAACAAGAUGAAGGACUGACGCAAUCACAUUUUUGUCUAAACAUUCUCAAAGUGUUUACACUCAUUCAUGCGUGAUUCAGCUACAGCAGUUUAUAUUUUUAAACCUUAACCAGCCAGGUAGUUGGUAUAUUUAAGAGGAGCCUGGCAAUCUUGGUUAAAGAGUUUUUUUAUUUAUGUAUGCCCUUGUGUACAAAGUAAGUUGACAUAUAUUUAUGAACACAACAAUGUCAACAAAGUCUAAUCUUAAAGUCGGGAUUUGAAAUUCAGACGUUUUACUCUGACUUUUACUCAAUAUCUGUUUCACAGUUACAUCACAUGUUAAUCCUGGUCAAUGCUUUUAUUUUUCAUGUUAGUUAGAGAGUCAAUGUCCCAGUCACAUACUGAAAUUGACUGUCCACAGAAAAACACAACGCCAGAAGCUCCAGAAACUCUAAAAGUGGCCUCAAACAACAAGUUCGCCAUAAACUAAAUGUACUAAUGAGAAUUUUUUCAACCCUCUUUACAUUUGCUAAACACUAACAAACAGAACCCCACAUAGUUUAUUAUAGUUUAGAGUUUUAGAGAAUAUCAUACCUGUUAGUCAAAGUUUAAAAGACCUCAUAUGAGAAAGACUCAGUGUACAGAGCAUAAAUAAAUAAGGUUGUGGUUAAUUAAUGACAGUAAAUCUGAAAACAAGUCCACAGCACUAAAGCACAAAAAGGAUAAAGCUGUGUAUGUGAUGUUUCCUUAAGAUGUGUUGCUGUGAAACAGGUCUGUUUCUCGUAUCGUUUUAUUUUCAGAGUCAGUGCUCCAUGUGUAAUGCUAUUUGAUGGAUAUCUGAGAAUCUGUAUAGAUGUUAUGUUAGCAGCUGUAUUUAGAAAACUUCAUUGUAGUGUUUUGUAUCUUUUAUCCAUGAUCUGUGCCAGCUGUGGUGGUGCUGAUGUUUUUUUUAAUUUUUGUCUUAUUGUCACUAUAAGACCAAAAUGAAUGUUGCAAAUUAAGUUUUUAAAAAAAUAGGAAGUUGCCUAUAAAGUCAAAAAUUUAAAGUGAAUAUCUUUUUCCGUAGUUAUUAUAAGCGCUUUCCCAGUCCACUCCUAACCCCAGAGGAAAUGAAGCCUCUGAGGAAUAUGAAGGAGGAUGGAAUUUGCACGGACUGAAAAAAAUAAAUAAAACAACAGUCCCCUUAAAUGUCAACAUUUUAUGCGUUCCAUCAGCCUCUGCUGAGCAUUCACUGAGUGCUGACAAUCCAGUGUGAAAUCAACAAUCAACUGGAUGCAGGUUGGUCAAGGACAAAUAAACAGAAAGUGACUUUGAAACAGAAACAAAGAGGCAAACGCUGCCAGUUGAAUACUUCCAACAUGUUUAUUCUCCUAGUAACAUCCUUUUCAAACAACUGGAGAUGAAAUGUCUUUAUUAUUCGGAAGGCGCUCUACAACCAUCAUUAUGCUUGUUAAUAGAAGUGGACCAAGGCAUCAAGAUAAAUCAAUUACAUUUUAAAAACACCAUCAUGGCAAUGUAUUCACAUGUAAAGAGAGAGAGGGAAGGGCGUCCCAAAAGCAGAACCCCCCCCCCCAGUACUGGUGGAUUUAAAGAACGAUGUAAAGAAAUGUUAGGGUAAGGGUUCGUUUUUUUUUUUUUAUAUUAAGCAUCAACAAACAGCACAGUGCUUGAAGGAUGUGAUGAUAAAGCCUUUAAUGGUGUUUGCCUAACAAAUCAAAUGUUAUGGAGGAAAAAAACACUCUGUUAGCAUAUUUGUAAAGUACCGAUGUCAGCUAUUGUGACUGUUGCAUGUCAGUGACCAUGGCAGGUACAUGUAAUAAUAAACAUAUUUUUGUUCAA